UUGUAUUAUACCUUUCCUUUACGCUUUUUUUUUAACACAGCUUUUAUAGUUGUUUAAGAUCAGAGCAAGCACCUGUCAGUUGCUUUUUUCUUCCCUUCUGCUCUUUUCUAUUGCCUCGUGCAAGAUGGAGCUAGAAAAUGAAAUGAUCAGCUCCUCCAGCAAUUCUUCAGCAGGCUCCAGAGAGUACAAGGUUGUGAUGCUAGGAGCAGGGGGAGUUGGCAAAAGCGCAAUGACAAUGCAGUUCAUAAGCCAUCGGUUCCCUGACUAUCAUGAUCCGACUAUAGAGGAUGCCUAUAAAACUCAAGUCCGAAUUGAUGACGAACCAGCUUAUUUGGACAUUCUAGACACUGCUGGACAGGCAGAAUUCACAGCCAUGAGGGACCAAUAUAUGCGAGGCGGAGAAGGCUUCAUUAUCUGCUAUUCCAUCACAGACCGCCAAUCUUUUCAAGAAGCUGCUGAGUUUAAGGAACUCAUUUAUCGUGUCCGGCACACCUAUGACAUCCCCUUGGUGCUGGUGGGAAACAAAAUAGAUCUUGAAGAGUUCAGACAGGUUUCGACUGAAGAAGGAAUGAGUUUAGCCAGAGAAUACUCCUGCUCCUUUUUUGAGACUUCAGCUGCCCUCCGUUUCUACAUUGAUGACGUCUUCCAUGGACUAGUGAGGGAAAUCCGAAGGAAAGAGUCUUCACUGCCCAUGGCGGAGAAGAAGAUGAAGAGGAAGGAUAGUCUAUGGCGGAAACUGAAAGGGUCACUGAAGAAGAAAAGGGAAAGUACAACUUGAUGGCAUUUUCCUGUGAGCUACCCCUCAGGAGCUGACCACAGUAACCUGCAACAGUUCAAAAAGGCAGCAUUGACACCGCAUCUUCCAGACCAGGUCCUGGAGUUCUUUUCCGCCAGCCCUCAUGCAGAAAUAGCUCCCUGAAGGCCCAAUUCAUGGUUGCCCUGUCGCUCCUCUGUAUUAUAAAGUCACUUAGCAUACCCUCUUAUCCCUUCUCCCCAUAUCUGAGUGGAGAUAAUAUUAUGUUUUUCCCUGUAGUCCCUGGCUGGUCUUCAAAUGCUAGGAGUUAAGCCAGCAUCCAGGGCAGAAACAGCUUUCACCAGCUCUAGAACAAUGGAUGCACUUAUGGCCUCCUCUUUCUCAUGCAUGGAUCACUUCACCAUCCCAGGAAUGAAUACUAUUGAUUUCACUGGAAAUUUUCACAAUUUAAGGACUUUAGAAUUUGACCUGCAGCUUCGCAUUCAUACGUAGAUUUAGGGUUAGACUGUGCUCAGCUGUUAUGUAUAUGUGUAUGUGCAUGCACGUGUGAGAACUGGGCUCACAGGGAACACCAGGGGCUCCCGAUUUUGAUCCUGUAGAGGCUCAUCCUCAUCCUCUGCUUUCCAUUAGCAUGAAGGCUUGGCAAGGAUAGCACAAGUCAAGCAUUGCUAGAUGUUCGGAAGGGUGCAGGGCUAUGGCUCUGCCUCCUCAGCUUAUUACUUAUCAGAACUGGCGAGCUACAGAGGUGCAUUGUCCCAUGGACAUGCAGUGCAUUGGCCACAUUCCCACGGCCCACUAAGGAGUGCACAAAGGCAUUAUCCACCUGAUAACUCCCAGAGCUCCCCCUAGAACAGUGCAGCUCUGUCCCACCAUGUAAUAACAUCUGUGAUGUAGCAGCCAACCCUCUGCUUACUACAGAAUUGUAUCAGGCCAGAAACCAUUUCUUUCGCAGUCCUUGACCAUCCAAGUGAAUCAUUUUAGCAAUCAGUUGGACAGGUCUUUUAAAAAUUCCUUUUUAAAGCUGGCAUGGAGUAGAAUAUAGCCUCAUUGACUUUUCUUUUUUUUUUUUAACAGACUUCUCCUUUUAAUAUUGACUUUAUUUAUAAAUUUUACAAUUAAAACAUGCACACAUUGUGUCAAAGAAUAAAGAUCAUGACUUCCAUGAAAA